AGAAGACUAAAAGAGAGAAAAAAGUUUUGUCAGCAGUCUGUCCGGUGAACAGUCAGUCACAGUCACACACGAAGAGCAGAGCAGAAAAACGAAAAAAAGCGACAAAAGGCAAGACGACACAUUGCAGACGAAGAGCAAGAAGACACCCUUAAAUACCACAAAUAAUAAAAAAUAAUACCAAGAACACUUACAAACAAUUCCAUCGCAGCGAUUUAAAAUUUUAUUUUUUGUAAAUUUUUAGUUCGUUAUUUGUGUGUGUGUACGCGCGUACGUGAGAGGAGGCACGAGAGGAUAUGCCGCUCUUUGGUAAAUCACAAAAGACUCCAGCUGAGCUGGUCAAGUCACUCAAGGAAGCCAUCAAUGCCUUGGAGACCGGCGGAGAUCGCAAGGCUGAAAAAGCCCAGGAAGAUGUCAGUAAAAAUCUGGUCAGCAUAAAGAAUAUGCUGUACGGCAGCACAGAUUCCGAACCACCGGCCGACUAUGUUGUCGCCCAAUUGUCUCAGGAAUUGUACAACAGCAAUCUGUUGUUGUUACUGAUACAAAACCUGCAACGCAUAGACUUCGAGGGCAAGAAACACGUAGCGUUAAUAUUUAACAACGUUCUGAGAAGGCAAAUCGGCACGAGAUCACCCACGGUCGAGUAUAUUUGUACGAAGCCGGAAAUCCUCUUUACCCUUAUGGCCGGAUAUGAAGACGCCCACCCUGAGAUUGCCCUUAAUUCCGGUACCAUGCUGAGAGAGUGUGCCCGAUACGAAGCCUUGGCGAAGAUAAUGAUACACUCGGAUGAGUUUUUCAAGUUCUUCCGCUAUGUUGAAGUGUCCACUUUUGACAUAGCAAGCGACGCGUUUUCGACGUUUAAAGAGUUGCUAACCCGCCACAAGUUGCUGUGCGCCGAGUUCUUGGAGGCCAACUACGAUAAAUUCUUCACCCAGCACUAUCAGCACCUGUUAAAUUCGGAGAACUAUGUCACCCGACGCCAGUCACUUAAGUUGUUGGGUGAACUGCUGUUGGAUCGUCACAAUUUCAGCGUGAUGACACGAUAUAUUUCCGAGCCGGAAAACCUGAAGCUAAUGAUGAACAUGCUCAAAGAGAAAUCACGCAACAUACAAUUUGAGGCCUUCCAUGUUUUUAAAGUAUUUGUGGCUAAUCCCAACAAACCGAAGCCCAUACUCGAUAUCCUGCUACGCAAUCAAUCAAAACUGGUGGACUUUUUGACCAAUUUCCACACAGAUCGUUCCGAGGACGAACAAUUCAAUGACGAGAAGGCGUAUCUAAUCAAGCAGAUUAAGGAGUUGAAGCCACUACAAGAGGCUUAGUGCGCCAGCAUAACACACGCCGCCGCCGCCUCCAGCCCUCAAACACACAGCAACAACAAAUCCUAUGAAGAAUGCCAAAAUGCAUAAAAACGAACAUUAAAUAAAAAAGAACACACACACAAGACGUUAGAACUGCAUGUAAAACAACAACCAUUAGACCUAAACCAAGAAGCAGAAAAUAUUUUAGAAAUUAACAACCAAACACACACACAACAAAUACUAAUAAUAUCCCGAACCCAUAAUAUCACCACCAAUGGCCACUCCUCAAAAUGUCCUGGAAGUUGACGAUGAUGUUGGACUGGAAUCAAUUUGAAAACUGCUUGGCAGUAUGGUUUUUGUUUUCCUUUUUCUAAUGAUUAUGAUGAUUAAAAAAAGAAAAACAACAUAGUAAUAGUUUUUAUUUAGUAGUUUAACAAAACGUGUUAAUAUAACGCGACAACCGAACCCGUUUAACGAACGACAGACAGACAAGUUGAUGAUGAUGAUGUUGAAGAGACACUACUUUUUAGCUUAUACUACAAAUUUAUAAAGUAAAA